ACCCAAUCCUUUUCCGAUCAUUUUUUCACCUUUUUGGACGCCUUACCAAAAAUGACGUCCGGUCUUGGUUCGCUUCUCUUUCUCCUGUGCUCUUUUUGGAUUGUAAACGUGUCCUUAGAAAACGAUGAUGGCUACAAUGCAGCCGUUACUCUUCUGGGCGGUAAAUUUCGUAUGGGAAGUUCAUCUGCAGACACCAAACGCGGAGAAUUACCCACCAAAACAGUCGGAGUAAAACCGUUCGUGAUUGACAAAUAUCCCGUUACUAAUGAAAAUUUUCGAAAGUUUGUUCGCGCCAAGAAAUUCAAGACCGAAGCGGAACGGUUUGGUUGGAGUUUUGUUUUUCGUACCUUCGUCCCUGAGGAAGUCCGAUCCAAGAUAACGCAAUCUGUCCCGGUAGGUUAGUUCUUUGGACAUCACGUUUUUUUUAAUGUUUGUUUUAAAAGAUACUCGUGGGGUCCACGUGGUUGUUUCAAAAGGAUUCCUCUUAGAAAUGGACCCCGUUAGCCUCGCUCCGUACAAAGUGAGACAAAAAAAAUACAAAACUUCUUAAACCUGUCAGCAUGCCUGAAGUGAUUGCUUCAUACCUGCACCGUUCCACUUUCCCCUCAUUUUUUGACAUGGAUCACUUAGUGAAUAUCUAUUGACACUGUGGAAAAAGAGUCUUAAAAUAAAUUAGAAAGCGUGCCAAGUUUGACAGUGAUCUUUUGAAAAUCAGUGAAAAUAUAGCUUUGCAAUGCAAAGGAACAACAUUUCAUAGUCGUCUUGUGUGAUGAGCGCCAGCACAAACUUACCCCAACAAUACAGUCAUCUGUAUCCUUGCAGGGGUUUAUCUUCGCUAGUUCUGAAUGUAUACACUCUUAAACUGAUUUUAAAAGUGUUAAAUCUUUCCAGCUAAUAAUUUUUCAAAUGUGAAAAAAAAUGUCUAAUUACUUACUGGUUGUUCUAAAAGUCUUGUUUAUUGACAUGAUUUUUCAAGAGAUUUUUUCUACUGCAAUUUUAUGGCAAUGUCUUGGCGAUUUUAUUGCAAUUUUCACAUCAGAGGCUAGAGGCAACUUGCGGAAAUGGUCUACUUGAAGUCAGUACUAGUUUACAUGAGAUGUGGGAUUUGAAAUCACAUGCCCCUGAAAAAAUUGUUAGGCUGUGUAAAUGGGCCAUGGACUUUUCUUGCCCCAUUGGGUAACUUGUGAUGAAUAAUACCAGUCUAAGAGGUUGCUCUGCAUGGGCACAAAUUUGUGGCACAUCAGAGAAAAACAAUGUGGUAAACCCAAAUGCCCUGCCCAGUACAGUGUGCAAAGAAAUAGUGUCCGAUAGCCUGGGACUAGUGAAUUGGCUAUCCGGCUAGUGAAUUCUGUUCUUAAUAUGCCCAAUGGGCAAGCAACUUUUUUGGGGGGGGGUGGGGGGGCGGGAUUCACACUACAGAAGAAAUGUAAUCAUUGCUCAUCAAAAAUACUUUAAUUUCCGGGUAGUGGAAAUGACUUUGGGCUAGUACGUGCUAGGUACAGUUUGCUCAAAUGGCAAGUGCUCAGUAAAACUGACUUUCUUUGCACCCUGCUAUAGAGAGAUCAAUUAAUAACUCCAAGCCAAAGCAAGAACAGCACAUCUUUACAUUUUUGGCAUAUAUAACACUAUAAUUAAUAUUUAUGGCAAAAAAAACUGACAUACAUUAAUUGCCUUCAUUUUUUUCCCUUCAAUUCAGGGAGCACCAUGGUGGCUGCCAGUGCAACAGGCAUACUGGAGGCAGGUCUGUUAUUAUUGGUAGCAAGAAAAUAAGAAUGUUCUACACAUUAUGAAAUUGUAGGAUGAUGUACAAAAUGAAUACUGUACAUUGGGCUAACUGUAGUGUACCAGUUUCUUUGACUGGAUCUAUGCUGUAGACUAGUUACUGUAGUACUUAAUCACUGGCAACCUUAGCUUGAACUCCUUCAAUUCAAGUCAUAUAAAUAAUGAAUAAAUAAAUAAUUUAGAGGUAGCACAUCCACUUAUAGUGGUUCUUCAUCUAUCCGAUUCCUGUUCGAAUUGGUUUUGGAAACGUUGGUCUUUGAGGAGGGACAGAAAUCAGCGUACCUCGAGAAAAACCUCUCAGAGAAUAAGGAGAGAGCCAACAACAAACUCAACCCUCAUAUGGUGUUGAUGCUGGGAUUUGAACUGGGGCCACAUUGAUGGGAAGGAGGGUGCACUCACCACUAGCCUCCCACGCAGACGACGUUCUUAAGGUUUCGUCACGCACUAAGAACGUUUGCAUGGGAGGCUUACUCACCACUGCACCACCUUUGCUUCCGGCAGGUUUUUGCCAUCAUCAUUAUGUUCUAAAUUUUGUGUGAUGUUAUUUUGUUAAAUGUUUUGCAUGAACUUCAUUGAGGUCAGAAUUAGGUUAACCCCUAAUAAUAAUAUUAUACUAUAAAAAAAAUACAAUCACAUUUCUAUCACCUUAAUUAUACUAAGUAUUUACUUUUCAUUUUUAUACUUUAAACACAUUUUAGCCAGGAGGACCUGGAACAUCUGUAAAAGAAAAGAUGUCCCACCCAGCUGUGCAUAUUAGUUAUAAUGACGCCAAGGCUUAUUGCGAAUGGAUGGGAAAGAGAUUACCAACAGAAGCAGAAUGGGAAUUUGCAGUGAGAGGAGGGCUGAAAGGUUAUGUUUUUUUAAAAAUCAUACAUCAUCACAACACAGCUUUUAAUACUGUAUGGACACUGGUUAUUUGUGAUUUUCCUUCUCACAAUCAUUUUUUGGAGAACCUGCUAAGUUAAUACAGACACUGCGAUAAUACCUGUAGACACUAUGCCAUGUCCCUUGGUUGAGUAUAGGACUAUAAGUGUAAAUAUAUGUAAAUCGAUGUCAAAUAUUGUUUACCAGGAAACACCUACAGUUUAGGAAGUCUUGAAAGGUGGCCUUAAGGCUGAUUAAGACGGUUUGAUUUUUGCUUACGAUUAUCAUGCGCGACUACUGCGAAGCGUAGGUCAUAACUUUCUACCAUCCACACGGUACAAUUUUUACUUACGACAUCCACAAUGUAUCGUACGGAUGUCGUGGGUCUAAUUUACCCAACACGAUCUGUCGUGAAGUGAUGACGCAUGCUAGUCGCGCAAGAUAGUCGUAAGCAAAAAUUGUACCGUCUAAAUUGGCCUUUAGGGUGUUUUCCAUCUGUCAGAAUGGUCUGGCCAGUAAGUUCUGACAAAUGGAAAGUACCCUUUAGUUAAGUAGCUAGCCUUGCAGCUCCAUUGAUUCCCCUAUGAGGUACUAGAUCAUCUGGAAAUAAUAACUUAAGUUCCUCUGGUCCUAAUUUAAUUUAAUGGAAUACUUACCUAGUUUGGGUGAUUUCAAUGUAAAUUACAUAUUUUUUGCUUUAACAGAAAGAGAAUACCCUUGGGGGGCUGAAUUCCAGAAGAGGCGAAUGAAUAUUUGGCAGGUAACUGCAUGGUCAAAUUGUUAUUUACAAAGACUGAGUGAUUUCUUGCCAUGAUAAGUAGCAGAGUAUUAAUAGUCCUUACAGUUUUGUUCACUGUCACAUAUGAAAUUAACUUUGUUUUGCCUUGUCCAUAAUUUUCCAUUUUGUUAAUUAGUUAUUGAUAGAUGGUAAAAAUGAUGUUGAUAAGUUCAAAACUUUUAGUAAUGUCCAGGAUUGCAAGUUAAUUACUGGAUUCAUUCUCCUGAUAAUGAAAAUCACAAAGUGUCUCCGAGCCCUAAACCUAGUGGAUCAUCUAAAUGCAUGCUGUUCUCUCUCCAAUCAUGUGGAAAUUAGAAAUAGUGUAAUAGUUACAGUACUUCUUAUAUGUGUCUGAUGUGUCUGAAGUAUCUAAUUUUCGAGUUUUCUUGCAUUUCUGGAUGUAAGUGUGAUUUAUUCUACCCAGGGGCGGAUCUAGGGGGAGGGUGCAGGGGGUGCGCACCCCCCCCUGAGAUGACCUGCGGUUUUCUUAUACAACUGGUAUUCUGCAAAAAAAAAAAUUAUGUGGUUUAUUGGUGUUGAAGUACAGCAAGAGACGAGUGCACCCGCUCCUAAAAAAAAUCCUGGAUCCGCCCCUGCUACCAUUAAUAAUGAAUUUUGUUCUAUAAUGUUACUGAUGUAAAUGUUCUAUAUUUUGUUGUUGUUGUUGUGUUUUUGUGGUAAACUAAUUAAGGGCAAAUUUCCCGAUGAGAACACAAAUGAGGAUGGUUUUGACUGGGUUGCUCCAGUAGAUGCCUUUCCUGCUCAGAAUAAAUAUGGUAAGGAAUAUAUAAAACCAGGUAGAUUACAGAUGAACUAAUGUCAUUGUUUAUAUGGGAUGUAAGAUGUUUUUCAGUCAGUGACACUGGCAGCUCAGAAGAAAAAAUCCAAGCAGUACUCCCAACAGGAGUUGAACCUACGAUCUUCUGGUUAGUCUGGACCAAAAAUGGUUCCGGAUGCUGAACUUCUACCACAAGAGACUUGUGAAAGCAAAGGCUGCAAAACUAGGUUCAUGUGACAAACAUUUGCAUACUGCUAGAUCUAGAGCUAGAAAUUAUGUCAAUAUGUGCUUUAAAAAAUCCUGACUUAAAACAUAAACACCCCAAGUGUUGAGUACACUCCCCCCUGGAUAUGUGGGUUGGUUUUAUAUGAUCCCAUAAUACUGUACUGUGGGUCGUUUUUUAUGGGCUGGUUUCAAGGAACCCAUCAAACUCAGUGGCGGGUCCAUACCUUCAGAUGGGGCGGGGGGGGUGCCCGGUCAUCAAGACCCUGAGAUAAGGGGGGGGACUCAAAAAAAUUUUUUUCGGGCCUCAGUUCGGUCUAAAAAUAAGGGGGAGGCCUGGGCCCCUCGGGCCCUUCCCCUGGAUACGCCAUUGAAACUAACUGUGUUUGAAUUGUAUUUUAUUGUUAGGAAUGUAUGACAUGUUAGGGAAUGCAUGGGAGUGGGUAUCAGAUGAAUUUAAAGACCAAGGAAACGAGGCAAAGUUUGUCCUGCGAGGUGGAUCAUAUGUAGACUCCGCAGAUGGGAAACAUAACCAUAAAGUUACUGUAAACACAAGGUAAAUAAUCGAGUGGAUACAAAUCAGGAUAGAAAUCAAGCUAGGAAUGUUGUAGCCUGCGUAGCAAGCGUUUCCGUUCGGUUUCGGAGCAAAGAACAAGGAACGAGAGUCACAGACCGCGAAAAUUGUCCUUGUCUCACUUCUUGCGUGGCCAAAACUGAAAAUGCUUGCUACGCAGGCUAGGAAUGUUGGAACAAAUUGCUUAGAAAAGCGUUGUUGCAUCAUUGACAAUUGUGUUUUUAUUUAAGACCAUGCAAAAACUGUAUUCCAAAAAAAAGCAUGAACAACAACAGCAAUGAUUUUCUGUUUGUUACCCAAAAGCACUUAGGAGCACUUAAGAAUUCAUUUCAAAGUGUUCCUGCGUUUAUGAUUGAGUAGAUUUUUUAAAAAAAAUGCAAAUCGUGAAAUUAUGUCCGUUUUGGAAAUGGAAUAAUUAAAUAACGAAAAUAGUUAUUUUUGAAAAAAAAGAGAUUGGUUAAUGAAAAUCCCAUUAUUUUCAUCCCACUCCCCCCGCCUCACCUAAUUUCGCGUUUUAUCGAGAACGUAAACAAGCAACGACGGAAUUUUCUUUCUCUUCUGAACUUGUAUAUUGUCCCUGGAAAUUCAACUUCAGUGGGGUUAGCCUGCAUUUGACAAAGUAAGUGGGUAGGAAUAAUUGGGAUGUAGACUGAGAGAAAGCAAAUUCUUUUUUUAAGCGACGUUCUCGUCACCGUCGCGUCAGUCAGCUAUCCGCCUUACGGAAAACGAUGGCGGCUGUACAUUUUACCACAAUUCCUUUCGAACCUAACACGGCCAAUCACACAUAGAGUCAUAUUUUGGGGGGAGGGGGGGGGUGCGAAAUUCGUCCCUGUAAUAGCAAGAUUCCUAUCCUAGGUUUGAAGUUUAUAAAACUUUUCUGUUCGUUUUUAUGAGCAAUUUUAUGGUUUUCAUGCGCUAAGAACUGUGGGUAAAUGUACCAGUCGCCAUCUUUUUAGGUACGGUGGAUUGGCCAGUUUAUUUCUCUGUUCCAAGUAACAGUGCCAGAAGUCUCUGCGAAACUUAAUUCGGCCCAGUUUCUUCUGACAAGUACUGGCAACAGAAAAAGGAAAGAUUUUAUAGUAGCAUUGUUCAGAAAAGCUUCGGCUGUACUUCAUAUUUAAUAAAUGCCAAUUUUUUGUUAUUUUUUUUUUAGGAUGGGGAACACAGCAGAUGCUGGGUCAGAUAAUAUAACCUUUAGAUGUGCUAGAACUGCAUCUAAGGACGAACUUUGA